AUGUGGACAAUCAAAACACCAUCUUUAAGAAUUGACGUUGCUGAUCUCAAAUGUAAAAAUGGUUGUGGAUAUUUUGGCAAUGAUGAAUGGGAAGGAUACUGCAGUAAGUGUCAUCGUGAACAUCUUCAAAAGAAACGAGCAUUAAGAGAACGUCAAACACAAGCUCAACAUCAUGAAACAGAGACUACGUCUAAGUCAGGAACACACAGUGUCAACAAAGUGGAAGAUAGAAAAAGGCAACAAGAAAAAAAAAAUAAAUUGCUCAAUAUUUCUGCGUUCUGGAAGCCACCAACAAAAUCCCAAGGUCACGAAGAAUUAUUAAGAGAACUUAUUCAUCAUAAUGAAGACUUGGAUAAAGUCAAAGCUGAAAAUCGGGAUUUGAUUAUGUUGAUUGCAAAAACGCCUGCUGAGAAAGAUAUUAAGAAAUGUAUUCAUUCGUUAGUCAGUAAUAUUUUGCAAAAUAGAAAUGCUAAAAAAAUUGAAGAGCUAUCUGAAAUAACUCAAAAUUUUUAUCAAGUAUUUGCUAAACGUAUGGAAAAUAGUCCUAAUUAUGCAAACGUUGCUCCAGAAGUUAAAGAAAGGCUUUUAGAUUAUGUUGAGAGACACUCAAUGACAUUACUCUAUCGAGUUCUAUUCUGUCCUCCGUUUACAACUGACGAGGAAAAGGAUUUAGCUAUUCAAAAAAGGAUAAGACAAUUAAAUUGGGUGAGUGGAAAAAAUUUGGAGUGCAGGAUACAUGAGACAAGUCCAGAAGUUAGAGAGCUAGUUUAUACGUCAAUCACUGAUCUCUUAAAUAUGGAUUCAGUAAAAGCACCUCAAGAAAAACUUGCAUGCGUUGUUAACUGCUGUAGUAACAUUUUUCAAUUGCUUCAACAGUCUGUCGGUGGCCCAGCAUCAGCAGAUGAAUUCCUUCCGGCCCUUAUUUUUAUUGUAUUAAAAGCUAAUCCUGCUAGAUUGAAAAGUAAUAUUAAUUUUAUUACCAGAUUUUGUAAUGCUAGCCGACUAAUGACUGGAGAAGGAGGUUAUUACUUUACAAAUUUGUGCUGUGCUGUUUCAUUUAUUGAAAAUUUAACCGCUGAAUCAUUGAAUAUGACACAAAAAGAUUUCAAUGCUUAUAUGUCUGGUGAGCGAGUACCUGCCAAUACGUGGGAUUCAGCUUUAACUAUUUGCGAGAGCUUACACAUGAUGUGUGAAGACAUUACUCUACUAGAUGAGUUAAAAGCCAAAAAUAAUGAAAUAGUGCGCGAAGCUUUAGAAUUAAAAAAUGAAAUAAUUGAAUUUCAUACGAGAAUUAAAAAAGAAGUAAGUGAUGCAAUAGCCAAUUCACCUUUAAUUAUCUCAAAAAGUCAACGAGUACCAACAAAUAUCGAUUGUGAUGAUAUGGAAUGUUAUAAAUUACCACCACCAAUAAUUCCUCAGUGCAUGACCAAUGAUGAGACGGAUAGUUUAAGACAUUCAAAUGAUUUGAAAAAUACAAUGGAUGAUUGUAUAACACCAUCACCAACAUUUGAUUUUCCACCAUUUGUAGAUUGUUGUUUGGAUACAACAAAGCCUGAUGAUGAUACAAGUCUUAUCAGUCUAGAUGUCCAAUGUGAUUUUUCAAGCAACGAUAAUGAUCAAAUGGAUAAAACUUCAGAUAAAUUUAUAGAUAACUCACAUGGGUUCGCAUCAAACUUACCAUCUCCAUUAACACCCGUCAGUCUUAUUGGUGAAGAUUAUCACGGGUUUACUCUUCAAGGUUCAACUAUUCCAACAAUUUCAUGUAAUACUGGUGAUUUAGCUCAUAAUCCAAACGAUCACGACACUGACAAUUAUUCAAACUAUUUCCAAAAUAUUUAA